UAUACAUAGAUAUAUGUAUCCAACAGCAUCAUGAGCCCUGUCAGCGCAGACCUACCGCGCAUGCGCAAACCCAAAGAGGGGGCGGGUCCUCCAGAGAGCCAGGAGCACCUCUCAGACUGCGGAGACUGGGCGUGACGUAAGCAGGGCGGGCGGGGCUAAUUUCAAAACCAAGAGCCAAGAUGGCGGAGAGAGGAUCGCUGAGGAAUCGGAAUCGACUCGAUUCGAACGGGCGCUGGGAAAUGAAUCACGUUGACGAGCCAGAUGAAGAUCAUGUGGAAGACAUCCAGCUUAAUUCUGAGAGUGAUGCGGAGGUGAUGGAGAAGCCUCGCCCCAUCCAGAUUGUCCUAGCCCACGAAGAUGACCAUAACUUUGAGCUAGACGAAAAGGCCCUGGAGAACCUUUUGAUGCAGGACCACAUACGGGAUCUGAAUGUUGUCGUCGUGUCUGUAGCUGGCGCUUUUCGUAAAGGAAAAUCUUUCUUGCUUGAUUUUAUGCUCCGGUAUAUGUACAGUCAGAGCUGCACAAGUAGUUGGAUUGGUGGAAGUCAUGAGCCAUUGACUGGUUUCACAUGGCGAGGGGGUUGUGAGCGGGAGACUACAGGCAUUCAGAUUUGGAGUGAAGUUUUUGUUGUUGAGAAACCUGAUGGAACGAAGAUUGCAGUAAUUCUCAUGGACACUCAGGGAGCCUUUGACAGCCAGUCAACAAUAAAAGAUUGUGCAACGGUUUUUGCCUUAAGCACAAUGACCAGCUCUGUCCAGGUUUACAAUUUGUCACAGAAUAUUCAAGAAGAUGAUCUUCAACAUUUACAGCUUUUUACGGAGUAUGGACGUCUUGCAAUGGAAGAAAUCUACAAAAAGCCCUUUCAAACCCUUAUGUUUUUAAUCAGAGACUGGAGCUAUCCAUAUGAACACCCAUAUGGUUUAGAGGGUGGGAAACUGUUUUUGGAAAAGCGGUUGCAGGUAAAACAGAACCAACACGAAGAGCUGCAGAAUGUCAGGAAGCAUAUACACUCUUGUUUUUCUAAUAUCGGCUGUUUUCUCUUGCCUCAUCCUGGUCUUAAAGUUGCAACCAAUCCCUAUUUUGAUGGUAGAUUAGUAGACAUUGAUGACGAGUUCAAGAAGGAGCUUCAAAAUCUGGUCCCUUUGGUGCUGUCCCCUGAGAACUUGGUAGAAAAGGAAAUUGGUGGAUCCAAAGUGACUUGUCGAGAUCUCCUUGAAUAUUUUAAAGCAUACAUCAAAAUUUACCAAGGAGAAGAGCUCCCCCACCCCAAGUCUAUGCUGCAGGCAACAGCAGAAGCCAAUAACCUUGCAGCUGUUGCUGGAGCUAAAGAAACAUACAGCAAAAACAUGGAGCAGGUAUGUGGAGGAGACAAGCCAUACAUUGCCCCAGGGGAUCUGGAAAGAAAACACUUAGAUUUGAAGGAAACCUGUAUCAAACAAUUCCGCUCAGUGAAGAAGAUGGGAGGAGACGAGUUCUGUCGCCGAUACCAGGAACAGCUGGAGGCAGAGCUAGACGAAUCCUAUGCAAACUUCUUGAAACACAACGAUGGCAAAAAUAUAUUUUACGCUGCUCGCACCCCUGCCACCUUGUUUGCUGUCAUGUUUGCAAUGUACAUUAUCUCAGGGCUGACUGGUUUCAUUGGCCUGAACUCUAUAGCAAACAUUUGUAACCUGAUCAUGGGAUUUGCACUUCUGGCCUUCUGCACCUGGGCUUAUGUGAAGUACUCUGGAGAGUUUCGGGAUUUGGGAACCUUAAUAGAUCAAAUGGCUGAAACUAUUUGGGAACAGAGGAGUCCCAGGAAGGUGUUUUCCAAACUCUAUGAAGUCUGUAGACGUUGGCUGCCUCGCCGGGCUUUACCGUUUACACAGAGACACAGAAGGUCAUCAAACAAUAACAAGAAGAAAAACUAAAGCGUACUCUUAACUUUUUACCUUGCUUCUCUCAAGUAUUUGGUUUCUAUCACUGGAGAAGAACAGAUAUAAGGGGCUUAAAGCUUUACUGUUACUAAAAACUUUUGACUUCUGAAUUAGUCGUAUCAAAAGUUGUUGAUCGCACCAGAUGUCACUCCUGAGACUUGCUGCGAUCGGGAGUUAUUAGCCGGAGAAGACGACUGCAUUUCGCUUCUCUCCCAGUUUGGCCAAGAGAUUCGUUCGUUUCUCUGCAUAGACUUCUAUAGGCCAGAGGGCUGGGGAGUGUAAUGCCACUAGCUUAAUAACUUACGAUUGCAGCUGGUCUCAGGGGUGACACCCAGUGCUAUCAACAACUUUUGACAUGUCAAAAGUUUUUUUUUUUUUUUAACGACAGUAAUGCUUAAUGAUACCAUUGUCUGGUAUCUACAUGGCAAAUGUAGGAAGCCAAUGGCCCUCCAGCUAUAAGUACAUAUUCCCAGCAUGCACCACCAGCUGGAGAGCCACAGGCUGCCUACCUCUGCCAUAUGGGAAUGCUGUCAUAUGUAGAUAUUACUGCUUUAGUGUCAUUUUAUUUGUAUCUCUUCAAGCUACCAAAUCCACACGAGAAGUGUCACAUUGUAGGAGCACAAUUUUUUUUCAUGCCUUCAUAUUUAUUAAUUUAAUUUUUUUUGUAUUAUCGUAUUUAUUUUAUACCAUGACUUAUUUUUUAUUUUUUUUACCAUUUGCUUUUCUUUGCCUAUUUUCACUCGCCAGGUGUUGAAGCCAUUGAGUGACACCUUCAUGGAGGAUAAUAUAAGACAAACUGUGACAAACUCGAUCAAGGCAGGUCUUACAGAGCAAGUGGUUCAAGCUUCCCGACUAAAGACAGACUGACAAUCCAUCUCUUGUUUGCUUCUUUCUCUAACCUGUGCUUGUUUUGUACAAAAAGAACUGUGUAAAAUGAAUAUAAAAUAAACCAAAGUUUACAAUUACCACAGAAGGUGUAGUAGAGAAUGGCACAUCAUAUUACAGUGGUCGAUCUGUUUCCCAUGUGGAUAAGCUAUGUAAUUGUUAGUACAGUCAUGGAAGCUGCUUUGCCCCCUCAUCCCAGUGGCAAAUUCUGUUUGUGAAAUGGUUCACAACUGUGAGUCUUGCUCCUAAGUGGUGGUCCCGUUUAGUUUCCCAGAACAAUGGCCCCUCCAAUGCUUGGGAGAGUCUAGCUGGCAUGGUUGGGCACCACUGGCCUAGUGAUGAGGUUACACUCUUGUGCCAUGCUCAGAAUGGGCUCUUCAGCGCUCAUGGAAAUUACGUUUCAUAGAAUCAAGUUCUAUUUUAAGAAAUGAAUGUAGUGUUCAUUUACCAUUUUAAUAUUUAUAUUCCGUUAUAUUAAGAAUGUCAUCUAUGAUAGACAAUUAUGUUCUAAAUAAAUCUAUUGGUUGAUUCACUGCCUUCUUGUACAUGUUCCCUUUAGUCCAGCGUGUCCAUAGAAAUGGCUUGUUGUAUGGAAGGAUUCUUUUAGUGUAAACAAAAUGCCUUUUUAUUUUUUAUUAUUUUUCUUCAGAUCCACAAACCUGCCAUAACAUAGCUGCAUAUCAGGCAAAGAGGUCCUAGUGGAUUAUUAUUUUUCCUGGCCUUCUUGUAAAUAUUGUAUGCUGUUAAUCUUAUUGGGGAUUGCGAGGGAGGGGGGUUGGCACCAAUCCAUCCAUUAGCAUAGGCUCCAAGCUUUAGAAAGUUGAGAUCUUCUGUACAGCAUUAGUUAUUUUCUAUACAAGAUCAGAUAGGGCAUGUAUAUUAUAUAUAAAUAAUAUAAAUACCAAUUUUGUAUCAAGUUUUUUGUAGUCCAUGCCAAAUCCUGGUUCUGUUGUAGGCUAAGUGGAGUCCCUGCACGGGGGCUGUUUGUGGCUCUUGUAAGUGUGUGAAUGCAUAAACCAAUCUGAAGUUUUGAUAUAUUUGUGAUAAUUCCCUGCCUUGAACACUGCUGUCUCUACCCGAUGGGCCGAGAAAAAAAUUGAGCAUUUUUGUUGUGAAUCUUUGUCUUGUUUAAAAUUGAAAGCGGUUUCCUGUAAUUUAUUUUCAGUAUAAUUAAAAUCUGUUGUAUAUAUGGCA